GACAUCUAUCACGUGAGUUGUCUGAACCGAUUGGCCAAUGAGUUGCCGCCCAAUACGGCGCCGGCGGGCUAUACGUGUCCCUCGUGUCACAAACCCAUAUUCCCGGCCCAAGCCGUGGCCAACAGUCCGGUGGUCAGUGCGCUCAGGAGGACACUGGCCGACGAGGGCUGGGCUCGCAUCGGGUUAGGCAUGCCUUUGAUCGACUCGUCGGACGCCUCCUAUUCGGAGCUCAACCACAGCUCGCUGUCGAUGGACCAGUCGCUGGACACCUCUCUGACCCACUCAUCAGUGCCUCAAGUGAUUCAUCACAACCCGAACACCAACUCAUCCAACGUUCCGAUUGCCGUCAAUAAUGUGGUCAACAAUUACAUCAAUACGAGUGACAGCACCUACUCUAUGACGUCCACCACCCGAACCAAUAAGUCCUACGAUAACGGCUCCCGAAAGUCGCUGUUAGACAUCGAUGACGACAAGUAUAGACGCAAAUCGCCGAUGGAGUUCCUGUCCCGAUGGCUCCGAUCGCACUCGACGUUCACCAACAGACGAAAUAUGCCGGCCUUCACAUACCGGCGCUUAAUUAUAGUCGCAAUUCUAGUAUUUAUAGGCAUAUGUACUCUAAUCCACUAUUUCCUGAAGUUUGGCCGCGAGAGCGCCGACAGCGACCCACUACUCGACCCCCGAUUUAAUCCCAACAUUCGCAACGAACAGAUCGAUAGAUAACACAUCCCUUUCCCCUACUAAUAAGCCCUACUAUUAUGUGAUUAAUUCAUAUAAUAUAUAAAUUAUUAUGAAUUUCAUAACAACAAAAAUAAAGUGAUUUAUCGUUUUAUUUUCAAAUGACUUUUUAGUGCAAAGCGAAG